GUCAUACUCAGAAGAACUAACAAGGUUUUGGACGCAGAGUUCAAAUCCACGAGUAUCUCUAGCAUACUGCUGAGGUCAAAUGGCUGGGUUACAGCUUCUGACAGCAUUUCUCUUGGCAGUCGUUUCUACUGUGCAAGGAGCAAAUCAUCAAGGGAAUUGUCCAGAAAUUCAGUUACCCAAUAACAGUAAUGGAACAUGUCUUCUAAAUGACCAAUGUAGCCAAGUAACAUGUACGUCACCAAAAGAUAGUGAUAACCCGUUUGGACGCAUGGUUUUGACUGUACGAGUGACCAAAUGUCAGAAUAAAUUGAAGGCCGCUGUUUCUAUUGACUCAAAUGACCAUGUGUGGGCACGUUUGCUUGGAGAUGGUGAUAAAGCAGAACUUCCUUCUCCACCUGGCAUGCCUGGCCCAAAGCCUUACUUGAAGGUUAAUCUUAAGGAAAAUGGUGACAAAGUCCACUUCAAGUUACUGAUGCUGAUGGAGCCAGGAAAUUUCAGUGUUACACUUCUUGAAGGAGAAUUACGUGCUCUUGAGUGCACAAUUGGUGAAGAAGCAAAUCAUGAUGAAAGUUGUCCAGGAAUUCAGUUACCCAAGGAAAGUAAUGGAACAUGUGCGUUAAGUGAAAAAUGCAGUAAGGUGACUUGCACUUCGCCAGAAGAUGAGACUAAACCGUUUGGUAAAGCAGUAUUGACGGUAAAAGUUGAGGAAUGCCAAGGAAAAUUAAAAGCCAUAGUUUCUAUUCAAUCUCCUGGUCAAAUGUGGUUGCAUGAGUUUGAAGAUGGUGACAAAGCAGUUAUGCCUACUCCACCUGGGAUGCAAGGCAGCCCAGAACUAAACAUGAUGGUUGAUCUGAAGGAAAAUGGCGACAAAGUCCACUUCAAGUUAGUGGUGUUGGUGACAAAUUACGAUUUCACACUUCUUGAGGGAGAACUACAUGCUUCCAAGUGCGAUGGUGAGGGUGGCUCCAAGCAAACCAAACAAUGCCCAGCUGUUGAGUUUAUUCCAGACGAGCCUGGUGCAGGCAAAUGUUCCUUUAGUCAACAAUGCAGUAAGCUUGAAUGUGUUGCAGAGGGAGAUGGCCAUAAAUUAAUUGCUGAUUUUAAAGUGAGCAGAUGUGGUAAAUCUCUUGUUGCAUCAGUCAAAUUACAGCAGCCAGAGGAGGACCUAGACUGGUCUGAGAGGCUGAAAGAUGGUGAAAAAGCUAAAUUGCCUAUUAAAGCCAGUAGUUUUACUGGAGGAUUAGCAGUUUCUGAUGCCAAAUUGUUUGUCCAAGUUCAUUUGAAGGAGAUGCAGGACAACAGAGUAAAUUUUACAGUCAGGAUGACUGGGCAUCUGACAGCCCUAGGUGAGACUGUGCAGGUGAAUACUGUGCUGAUACAAGGACAGAUAGCUGUAUCAUCUGUUGCGGACUGUGGUUCGUGGUUUAGUGAACAGUCAACAGCCGUGAAAGUUCUGGUGAUUUUGGUCCCAGUAACCGCAGGGAUUUUGCUGACUCUCACUGUUGUCUUUUGCUGUUGUAAAAGACGUCGUGAUGGCACUCGUCUGUAUGUCAACAUAUUUAAGCCCCGCAAUGAUGACUAUGGAAUGCGUCGUUUGUCUAAUGAACUCUGAAUUUUUUUCCAACAACAAAACCAUUAAUUGUCCGUGAAGACAAGUUGUAGAACUUAAAACUAUCUUGUAGUUGUUUCGAGUGCAUUUUUAUUGAGUGUCUCGAAACAAAAAUCAAAGAGAUCACAUUGACCGAGCAGAAAAAGGUGAAUCUCAUGAGCCAGUGAAAAUAAAAUGUGUUCUGCAGCGCAGAAGAACGCGCCUGACCGAGUUGCGACUGGCUUUAGUUUUGCUUCUGAUUGGUUGAGAAUUUUUUUAACCAAUCAGUGAAAAGUGAAACUGAUGCUAUCAUGAGUUACUUCCGACACUUAUUUGAACUUGUCGAAGCUAGAGCUCCGUUGACUUAAUUACUGAGAAUAAAACAGGUAGUGGUUAUUUAAAUAUUUAUCUCCAUUGUACCGUAAUAUCAUGAGUUUGACACCGAGAAAUUUCCCAGGGUUUUUUUAAGGAGCCGGCAAAA